AUGCCCGACAUGCAGUUCCCAUAUCCGCGCAAAUCGUCAAUGCCUCAAUCCACCUCCUCCUACACACCCACCCGCGCAUCCUCCUACCGCCAGAAGCGCGCGCUCAAAACCUACGGCCCUCCCUUCGUGGGCAUAGUCGGCCUGAUCUGGCUCCUCAUAUACCUCUUCAGCGGACCCUCAGAAACAGUACGAUGGACACCACCAGGCACACCCGAAGUCGUCAUCAUCACAACCCUCGAUCCAAAACUCUCAGAUAAAUACAAGGACGCCAUCAUCGAGAACAGGAGACACUAUGCCGCGCGACACGGCUACGCGACGUUCUUCCCCAACACCACAGACUACGACCUUAUGGAGAAGGUGCCUUCAAGUUGGAGUAAAGUGCCAGCUCUACGACACGCAAUGACCAUGUACCCCGACACCCCAUGGCUCUGGUACCUCACCUCCACCGCCCUCAUCAUGUCCACGCAAUCUUCCCUGCAAACGAUGCUCCUCGAACCCCGAACGCUCGAAUCACAAAUGAUCACAGACCGCCCCAUCGUACCUCCCGACAGCGUCAUCAAGACUUUCUCCCACCUCAAGGGCGAAAGAGUAGACUUGAUCAUGACACAGGACAAGGAGGGAUUAGCAGGAGGGAGUCUCUUGGUACGGACUGGGGAGUGGGCUAAGUUCUUCUUGGACUCAUGGUACGAUCCAUUGUACCGGAGCUAUAACUUCCAAAAAGCGGAGGGCCAUGCGCUAGAACAUAUGGUGCAGUGGCAUGGAACAAUUCUUGCGAAACUUGCGCUGGUGCCGCAGAGGGCACUGAAUAGCUACACGAGAGAGGUUGGGACAAGUACGCCGGAAGGACUAUACCAAGAAGGCGACUUCGUAGCGAACUUCCACGGCUGCCAACGAGACCCCGCGCGAGAUUGCGAACAAGAAAUGGGGCCGCUCAUAUCGCGAUGGCGAGAACUUCGAGAUCAAGAAAGGAAGCGAUAG